UAUUCUCAGUGUGCAAAAGUUGAUUAUUUUUAAAUAAAUUUUCGAAGAUUAUAACUGACUUCAAUAUACGACUUAAAAGUUUAAUUUCUAACACGCAGUUUUUUGAGUCAGUGUUGAAAAUGUUCUCCGCAUCAAUUUACGUAUACCUCAUCAGCAUUUUCUUCUCGGCGAGAUUAACGCUGCAAGCUUCCUCGCCAACUUCAAAUUAUUACAUCGGUGCCGUAGUCGAGUAUCACCCCGUUACUAAGGGUGAUAAUGGCACUGCCAUUGCUAACGAAAAUGCAAAAAAUUAUCUCACAUUUUUAAAGACAGCAAGUGAAAAUGAAGUUGAUAUUAUUGUUUUUCCGGAGAAUGCACUUUUUAGUGGAAAAACAUAUCCAUUAAAUGAGCGAAGCAAUUAUUUGCCACACAGUACGUAUUUACCUCAUCCCAAAGACUCUAAAGUACCAUGUCACGAUACAUCAUCAAAUGUUAUGGAGGCUGUGAAGGCCAUGUCUUGUGCGGCAAAACGUCAUGCUAUGUACAUUGUGAUAAAUGUACGUGAAAAGGAAAAGUGUACCGGUGAAAAUUGCUCCAAGGACGGCCACAAUCUUUACAAUACAAAUUUAGUGUUCGAUAGAACUGGAGCUAUAAUAGCCAAGUACAGAAAAUGGAACUUGUUUGGCGAAGCUGGAAUGAACAGAACAUCAAAGCCAGAUAUUUCAACUUUCCGGACUGACUUUGACGUUAAUUUCGGGCAGUUCAUAUGCUUCGAUUUGCUGUUUGGUACACCGGCGAUAAAGCUCGUUCGUGAGAAGAAAGUAACAGAUAUUAUUUUUUCAAGCCACUGGUUUUCAGAGCUGCCCUUCCUUACCGCGAAUCAAAUUCAAACUGGAUGGUCUUACGCACAUAAUGUUAACUUCCUCGGCUCUGGUUACAACAACCCGGCAACUGGCAGCGGCGGUAGUGGAAUUUACGGCGGAAAGGAUGGUCAUUUUGCACGUGUUUGGAGCGAAAAAUCAGCAAAUGCGCUGAUCGUUGCCAAAAUACCUAAAAUAGUUAAUGGUCAACAUUCCCAGCCAAUAAAUCCCAACGACGCGAUGGUAUUCUUCUAUUCAAUAACCGAAAUACCUACCAUUAAUCAACAGGAGCCAGUACCGCAGCAAAAAAUAAAAAUGGAUGAUCUUUCGCCCUACACUACUGAACUUUUCCAACCCGCUAAUGGCACUCACAAUUUAACUAUCUGCAAUAAUGACUUGUGCUGUAACUUCACUACAAACACUGUUCAUCGUGAUGAUAUGGUACAAGGUGCUGCUAAAUAUUAUAGAUAUCGAUUUGCUGUAUUCAAUGGAGUGAGAUCAUUUUCAGACAUUGGUACUGGAGGUGUAGAAGUUUGCAGUGUGAUUUCAUGCCUUGAUGAAAAUCCAACAAGUUGUAAUCAACGAUUCGAUACCAAUACUAUCAUUGUUCAUCCCACUACAUUUAAUUCAAUUGUCAUUUCAAGUGUAACUAAGGAUUCAACAAAUGUCACUCGUGUACCAUUGAGCAUAAACACUGAACUACAUCCAUUAAAUGUCACAGACUUUACAUUUGUUAGCAACAAAAUAAAUGCAACUCAUGUUAGUUUAAAAUACACAUUGACAAAACCACGUAAAGAUUUGAUGACAUUUGCAAUUUAUGGAAGAAACUUCACAGCCGAUGGAUUGCCAAAAACUACAUCUGCUUCAGCACAAAUAAUUCCACCUAUUUAUUUAAUGUCAAUACUGUUGAUUAUUUUAGGCAUUGGUAAUACUUACCAAGUAAAUUCACUAUUAAGCUUUGUGUGAAGUGUUACUUUAAUGAAUUACAUUAAAAUCAAACUGGAAAAUAGAAAUCCUGCCCAAAUAAUUCCUUGAAUUAUGAAAUAAUUAAAGGGAUAAUUGAAAUAAAAAUAUAAAAUAUAAAAUAUAGCAUAGUUAAAUCAUUUAAAUUAAUAUAAUCAAAGAUUGAAUAAUUAUUAUUUUACCUUUAAUUAUUUCAUUUAAUAUUAUGAAGCAAUUAAAUUUAAAAAAUUGUUUCAUUCUCCGACAAAUUCCGAAAGUACUUUUGUUGUUAAUAUUGUAUGUAAUUUAAUGUAAUAUUUUCAAGUCUAUUUUUUCUGGUUGUACUUGAAUCACACUCAGCUAUAGCUUUUAUGCUCUAUUUUAGAAUACACGUUAAUCCCUUGGAUAGUUUAUAAUAAAAUACCGUAUUGCAUUAUAGGG